AGAUAUCUUAGCUGACCUUUUAAGCUGGUGUUAGCUGGUAGAAUACAAUUAGAACUUAAAAUUCUUUUUAUUUUAGAACAUGGUCAAUAACAGGAGCAGCUUUAGUGUUGUUCUGAGCGUAUUAGUAGUUUCGUGUUGGUUCAUUUACUGUUCAGGUUCUCCAUCUAAUUCAAGAUGCAAACUAAAACGAUACAUUCAUAAGGCCGUCCAAACUGACUUUAAUGGAUUACGCUGCUGGGAUGAUGUUAAAAUAUUAUCGUGCUGGGGAUACUGUUUUUCUUACGAGAUUUCUCAUUGGCAAUUCCCCUACAAAGUGUCGACUCAUCCAGUAUGUGUGCACGGCGAAAGAAAGCAUGCAUCAGUUCAACUACGGAACUGCGACCCUGGUGUUGAGCCUGGCACAGAAAUUUAUCACUUCGUUGAAGCGGCUAACUGCAAAUGCCAAGUAUGUUCGUCGGAGGACACAAGCUGUGAAUGGUUACCACCAGAUUCUUCUCUUCUCGGCAGCUUAAUUAAAGAAGAAUUGGAUGAAAUUGAAUAAACAUACCUACUAGGUAUACCAACCGCUUCCUUGAUCACUUACCUAACAUGAUUUCAUCAAGUUUGGAAUUAAUAUUGUAAAUGCAAUAUGGAUAUUAAUAAUGUAAAUGCAAGUUACAUUUUUUGUCAAUAAUGUAUUAAAAAAUAAUGCGAUAA